AGGGAGAAGAUGGAGAGGUACUCCCUGGUGGUGGAGGCCAACGACCAAGGGAGGGAGCCGGGACCGCGAUCCGCCACGGUCAGGGUCUACAUCACGGUCCUCGACGAGAACGACAACACCCCUCAGUUCAGCGAGAAGCGCUACAUCGUCCAGGUGAGGGAGGACAUAAGGCCCCACACUGAGAUCCUGCGCGUCACCGCCACGGACCUGGACAAGGACAACAACGCGCUGGUCCACUACAACAUCAUCAGCGGGGACAGCCGGGGGCAGUUCUCCAUCGAUAGCAUCACUGGGGAGAUACAGGUGGUGGCCCCGCUGGACUUCGAGGUAGAGCGGGAGUAUGCUCUGAGGAUCCGGGCUCAGGAUGCAGGGCGCCCUCCCCUCUCUAACAACACUGGCAUGGCCAGCAUCCAGGUGGUGGACAUCAACGACCAUGCCCCCAUCUUUGUCAGUACCCCUUUCCAGAUCUCUGUCCUGGAGAACGCUCCCCUCGGCCACUCGGUCAUCCACAUCCAGGCCGUGGAUGCGGACUAUGGCGAGAACUCACGCCUAGAGUACAAACUGACCGGGGUCUCGCACUACUUUUUUGGGGUAGAGGCUCGGGCCCAUGGCUCUCCAUCUUUAUCUGCCUCUGCCAGCGUCACCAUUACUGUCAUGGAUGUCAAUGAUAACCGCCCCGAGUUCACCCAGAAGGAGUACUUCAUCCGCCUGAACGAGGAUGCAGCGGUGGGGACCAGUGUCCUCAGCGUCACGGCGAUUGACCGGGACGUGAACAGCGCCAUUACCUACCAGAUCACGGGAGGCAACACGCGGAACCGCUUCUCCAUUAGCACACAAGGCGGGACGGGGCUCAUCACUCUGUCUCUGCCGCUGGACUACAAGCAGGAGAGGCGCUACGUGCUCACUGUGACGGCCUCCGACCGCCCCCUUCUUGACAACUUCCACUUUCACAUCAACAUCACUGAUGCCAACACGCACCGACCCGUGUUCCAGAGUGCCCACUACUCGGUGAGCAUCAACGAGGACCGGCCCGUGGGCAGCACUGUGGUGAUGAUCAGUGCCACGGAUGAUGACGUGGGGGAAAACGCCCGCAUCACGUACUACCUAGAAGACAAUGUCCCUCAGUUUCGAAUUGAUCCAGACUCGGGGGCCAUCACUCUCCAGGCUGGACUGGACUAUGAGGACCAGGUCACCUACACAUUGGCUAUCACUGCCAAGGACAACGGGAUCCCCCAGAAAGCAGACACCACUUACGUUGAAAUCAUGGUGAAUGACGUUAAUGACAACGCCCCCCAGUUCGUCAGCCCUCAUUACCAGGGCAUGAUCUCGGAGGAUGCGCCUCCCUUCACCAGCGUGCUCCAGAUCUCUGCCACUGACCGGGACGCCCACACCAACGGGCGAGUGCAGUACACCUUCCAGAACGGGGAGGAUGGGGAUGGAGACUUCACCAUAGAGCCCACCUCGGGGAUCAUUCGCACUGUCCGCAGGCUGGACCGUGAGAACGUUCCCGUCUACGAGCUGACCGCGUAUGCUGUGGACAGGGGCAUCCCUCCUCAGCGAACUCCUGUCCAUAUCCAGGUCACCAUUCAGGAUGUCAAUAAUGUCUUGCCUGCUGAAGAGUUUGAGGUCUUGGUAAAGGAAAACAGCAUCGUAGGCUCUGUUGUGGCCCAGAUCACGGCUGUGGACCCAGAUGAGGGACCCAAUGCCCAGAUCAUGUACCAAAUUGUGGAGGGCAACAUCCCUGAGAUAUUCCAGAUGGACAUCUUUUCUGGGGAGCUCACAGCCUUGAUAGACCUGGAUUAUGAGACAAAACCUGAGUACGUGAUUGUAGUGCAGGCCACCUCUGCCCCUCUGGUCAGCAGAGCCACGGUCCACAUCAAACUCGUUGACCAGAAUGACAACAGCCCCGUUCUCAAGAACUUCCAGAUCCUGUUCAAUAACUACGUGUCCAAUAAGUCCAACACCUUCCCCUCGGGGGUCAUAGGGAAGGUCCCAGCUUAUGACCCAGAUGUGUCCGACCGCCUCUUCUACACCUUUGAGCGGGGGAAUGAGCUGCACUUGUUGAUUGUAAAUCAAUCGAGCGGGGAGCUGAGGCUGAGCCGUAAACUGGACAACAACCGUCCGCUCAUGGCCUCCAUGCUGGUGACUGUCACAGAUGGGAUCCACAGUGUGACGGCCCAGUGCGUCCUGCGGGUGAUCAUCAUCACGGAGGACAUGUUGGCCAACAGCAUCACGGUGCGGCUGGAGAACAUGUGGCAGGAGCGCUUCCUUUCCCCGUUGCUGUCCACCUUCCUGGAAGGGGUGGCCACCGUGCUUGCGACACCCAAGGAGGACAUCUUCAUCUUCAACAUCCAGAAUGACACUGAUGUGGGUGGUACGGUGCUCAACAUCAGCUUCUCGGCCCUGGCGCCGCGGGGUGGGCGGUACUUCAGCUCAGAGGAGCUGCAGGAGCAGCUGUACAUGAAGCGCAUGGCGCUGACGGGUGCCUCCAUGCUGGAGGUGCUGCCCUUUGACGACAACGUCUGCCUGCGGGAGCCCUGCCAGAACUACAUGAAGUGCAUCUCCGUCCUCAAGUUCGACAGCUCGGCACCCUUCAUCGCCUCCCCCUCCACCCUCUUUCGGCCCAUCCACCCCAUCACUGGCCUGCGGUGCCGCUGCCCCCAGGGCUUCACUGGGGACUACUGUGAAACGGAAUCAAACCCCUGCCUGAACGGUGGGAUCUGCACCCACAAGGAGGGGGGAUACACAUGCGUUUGCCGCCAGAACUUCAGCGGUGAGAACUGCGAAGUGGACAGCCGCUCGGGUCGCUGCGUGCCCGGCGUGUGCCACAAUGGCGGCACCUGCACCAACAGCGCUGACGGGGGCUUCCGCUGCCAGUGCCCACCUGGGGCCUUUGAGAUGCCCUUCUGCGAGGUGUCCACGCGCUCCUUCCCACCACGGUCCUUCGUCAUGUUCCGGGGCCUGCGCCAGCGCUUCCACCUCACCCUUGCCCUCUCGUUCAGCACCGUGGAGCCCAGUGGCCUCCUGCUCUACAACGGGCGCCUGAACGAGAGGCAUGACUUCUUGGCAGUGGAGAUCAUCCAGGGACAAGUCCAGCUGAAGUACUCCACAGGGGAGUCCAGCACAGUGGUGAGCCCCUUCCUGCCGGGGGGCGUGAGCGAUGGGCAGUGGCACACGCUGCACCUGCGCUACUACAACAAGCCGAAGGUCAGCGCUCUGGGGGUGGUGCAGGGCCCCUCCAAGGACAAGGUGGCCAUCUUGACAGUGGAUCAAUGUGAUGCCUCAGUGGCCCUGCAGUUUGGUAGCGAGAUCGGGAACUACUCCUGUGCUGCAGAAGGUGUGCAGAGCAGCUCGAAGAAGUCCCUGGACCUCACAGGUCCCUUGCUCCUUGGAGGGGUCCCCAACCUGCCGGAAAACUUCCCCGUCACUCAUCGGGACUUUGUGGGAUGCAUGAGAGACCUGUACAUCGACAGCAAACGCGUUGACCUGGCUUCCUACAUCGCCAACAACGGAACUGCAGCAGGCUGUCAUGCCAAGCACAUGUUCUGCAACUCCAGCCCCUGCAAGAACGGCGGGGUCUGUGUGAAAUGGACUAACUCCUUUGUCGCUACAUCUGGUGCUCUCUGUAGCGCCCCUCCCUUCUCACCUCCCCUUUCCUUUCCAGCCAUGCACCAUGCCCACUAUUUCCAGGGCAACAGUGUCCUGACCUGGGACUUCAAGACAGAUGUGAAGAUCUCCGUGCCUUGGUACCUGGGGCUGGCAUUUCGGACGCGCCAGUCAGACGGGGUGCUUCUGCAAGCCCAUGCUGGCCAGUACACCACCCUGCUCUGCCAGCUGACUGGGGGCCUGCUCUCCUUCGUGGUGAACAGGGGGUCCGGGCGCAGCACCAGCCUCCUCCUGGACCAGCUGCAGCUCAGUGAUGGGAGAUGGCAUGAUCUACAGCUGGAGCUGCGGGACAUCCGCAGUGGGAGAGACUCACGCUAUGUCAUCACCCUCACACUGGACUUCGGGCUCUACCAGGAUACAGUGGUGGUCGGAAAUGAACUGCAUGGGCUGAAGGUGAAACACCUGCACGUGGGGGGAAUCCUGGGCUCUGGCGAGGUGCAAAAUGGGCUGAGGGGCUGCAUACAGGGUGUGAGACUGGGUGACAGUGUCACCGGGACUGUGCUGCCCAAGCCCAGCCAUGCCCUGCGGGUGGAGGCUGGCUGCAGCGUGCCAAGCCCCUGUGACUCCAGCCCCUGCCCGGCCAACAGCAUCUGCAAGGACGAGUGGCAGAGCUACUCCUGUGUCUGCACCUCAGGGUACUACGGAGGGGACUGUGUGGACGUGUGUCACCUCAACCCCUGCAAGAACAAGUCGGUGUGUCGUCGCAAGCCAGGCUCACCCCUGGGCUAUGUGUGCGAGUGUGGAGGGAACUUUUUUGGGCAAUACUGCGAACACAGGAUGGACCAGCAGUGUCCGAAGGGAUGGUGGGGGAACCCCACCUGUGGGCCCUGUAACUGUGAUGUGAACAAGGGCUUUGACCCCGACUGCAAUAAAACCAACGGGCAGUGCCACUGCAAGGACUUCCACUACCGCCCCAAAGGCAGCGACACCUGCCUGCCUUGUGACUGCUACCCCGUGGGCUCCACCUCACGCUCCUGCGACAAGGAGACAGGGCGGUGCCCCUGCCGUCCCGGGGUCAUUGGGCGCCAGUGCAAUAGCUGUGACAGCCCUUUUGCUGAAGUGACGCCCAGCGGCUGCAAGGUGCUCUAUGACAGCUGCCCCCAAAGCCGUGCGGCCGUCAGGCACUGUGACGAGGAGAAGGGCUGGCUGGAGCCAGAUCUCUUCAACUGCACUUCACCUGCCUUCAAGGAGCUCUCCCUGCUGCUGGAGGGCUUGGAGAGGAACGAGACUGAGCUCAACACAAUAGAAGCCAAAAAGCUGGCACACCGGCUCCGGGCCGUGACAGACCACAUGGAUCAGUACUUCGGCAACGAUGUGCGCAUCACUUUCCGCCUGCUGUCCCACCUCAUGGCAUUUGAGAGCCAUCAGCGUGGCUUCGGCCUGACAGCCACACAGGAUGCCCACUUCAAUGAGAACCUGCUGCGCGCCGGCAGCUCCGUGCUGGCACCCGAGAACCGGGAGCACUGGGCCAUGCUGCCGCACAGCGAGCACGGCAGCGCCAGCCUCAUGGAGCAGCUGCGGGACUACUCGGGCACCCUGGCCAGCAACAUGAAACUCACCUACCUCAACCCCGUCGGCGUUGUCACCCCUAACAUCAUGCUGAGCAUCGAUCGCAUGGAGAACCACUCCCACAUCCGCCGGCGCUACCCUCGCUACCACAGCAGCCUCUUCCGGGGCCAGCCCGCCUGGUCUGUUCUCACCCUGACUCUGUGUGCCUCAGCUGCCCCCACAGCAGUGCCCACGCUGGCUGGGGGUGAAGGGAACUACACUGUGGAGAACUCCUCCCCAAGGCAGGCACUGCCGGAGCCUGAACCUGCUCUCACUGUGAUCAUCCUCAUCAUGUACCGCACCCUGGGGGGGCUGCUGCCUGCACGCUACCAGGUGGAUCGCCGCAGCGUCAGGCUCCCCAAGAAUCCUGUGAUGAACUCCCCGAUCGUGAGCGUAUCUGUGUUCAGCAAUCACACCUUCCUGCGGGGGCCCCUGGAAACCCCUCUUGUGCUGGAAUUUCACCUGCUGGAGACGGCCAACAGGAGCAAGCCUCUCUGUGUCCAGUGGAACCACUCCAACCCGACCAACCCAUCUGGCUUCUGGACAGCCAGGGACUGCGAGGUCGUUUACCGGAACACCACACAUGUCCACUGCCAGUGCUCCCAGUUUGGCACCUUUGGAGUUCUGAUGGACAGCUCACACCGAGAGCAACUUGAAGGUGACCUAGAGACAUUGGCAAUUGUCACCUAUUCCUUGGUGACUCUCUCCUUGGUGGCUCUGCUGAUGACCUUCUCCUUCCUGACCUGCCUCAAAGGCCUGAAGUCCAACACACGUGGCAUCCACUCCAACAUAUCAGUCACCCUCUUCUUCUCUGAGCUGCUCUUUCUCCUGGGCAUCAACCGCACGGAGAACCAGGUCUGUAGCCUUGAACAAGCACACCCAUGGGCGUGGGGGCAAGGCGUGGAUGAUGCAUUUCUUUGCACUGUGAUUGCCAUCCUCCUCCACUGCUUCUUCCUCUCCACCUUCGCCUGGCUUUUUGUCCAGGGCCUCCACAUCUACCGCAUGCAGACCGAAGCCCGCAAUGUCAACUUGGGGGCCAUGCGUUUCUACUAUGCCAUCGGCUGGGGAGUGCCCGCCAUCAUCACUGGGCUGACUGUUGGCCUGGAUCCCGAGGGCUACGGGAACCCUGACUUCUGCUGGAUUUCCAUUCAUGAUAAGCUGGUCUGGAGCUUUGCAGGCCCCAUUACUGUCGUCAUUGUGAUGAAUGGGGUCAUGUUCCUGCUUGUGGCCAAGAUGUCCUGUUCCCCAGGCCAAAAGGAGACCAAGAAGAAAUCGGUUCUCAUGACGUUACGGAGCUCCUUUGUUCUGCUUCUAGUUAUUAGCACUACCUGGCUUUUUGGCCUCUUGGCUGUCAACAACAGUGUCCUGGCUUUCCACUACCUCUACACUGUCCUCUGCAGCCUCCAGGGCCUGGCUGUGCUGGUCCUGUUCUGCGUGCUGAAUGAGGAGGUGCGGGAAGCCUGGAAGCUGGCUUGCCUUGGCAAGAAGGGGCAGAGCGAGGAGGCUACGAGGAGCACGCAGGUGGGCAAGAGCAGGAGCAGCCCAGGGGGCCCCAACGCCUAUAACAAUACAGCGCUGUUUGAGGAGAGUGGGCUUAUCCGCAUCACCCUGGGGGCCUCCACCAUCUCCUCGGUGAGCAGCGUGCGCUCUGCUCGCACCCACUCCAGCCAGCGGGCUUACCUCAGAGACAACGUGACCACACGUCAGGGCUCGGCCCUAGAUCACAGCCUGUUAGCUCAUGCUGGCCCCACGGACAUCGACGUGGCCAUGUUCCACCGUGAUGCUGGAGGAGACCAGGACUCAGACUCAGACAGUGACCUGUCUCUGGAUGAAGAGCGCAGCCUCUCCAUUCCGUCCUCAGAGAGCGAGGAGAAUGUACGCCUGCGGGGCCGCUUCCAGCGCCAGUUCAAGCGUGCAGCACACAGCGAACGCCUCCUCACUAACCCCACCAACACCACUCCCAAAGACGUGGAUGGCAAUGACCUCAUGUCAUACUGGCCAGCUCUGGGCGAGUGCGAGGUUCACCCCUGCUCCCUACAGAAGUGGGGCUCUGAGCGGAAGCUGGGUUUUGACAUCAACAAAGAUGCAGCCAACAAUAAUCAGCCAGACCUGGCCUUGACCAGCGGGGACGAGAACUCCCUCACCCAGACCCAACGGCAAAGAAAAGGGAUUUUGAAGAACCGCCUGCAAUACCCUCCGACCCUCCAAGCCCUGCCGUCCGUUGGCAGGAUGACCAACGAGCUGACGUGGUACAAGACCUCCACGCUGGGUCACAGGGCUGUACCUGCUGCCUCUUACGGCAGGAUCUACUCUGGGGCGGGCAUGUGCUCCUCGACGCCUCGCUCUGCCACCUCCCACAGCAUUUCGGAGCUGUCACCAGACUCAGAAUGCUCAACCUCUGCUGCCAAGUCCCUGCUGUUCCGGUUCCUGCCCUUCCUGCGCUGGCUGCCCCGAUACCCAGUCAAGGACUGGCUCCUGGGGGACAUUGCCUCAGGCUUCAGCGUGGGCAUCAUGCACCUGCCCCAAGGGCUUGCCUACGCGCUGCUGGCCGGCCUGCCGCCCGUCACCGGUCUCUAUUCCUCCUUUUACCCCGUCUUCCUCUACUUCUUCUUCGGGACUUCCAGACACAACUCCGUCCCAGUGCUGAUCUUGGGCUCCCUGCUCACACCCUGCCCAUCUCCAGGGCCCUUCGCUGUCAUCUCCGUCAUGAUUGGGAGCUUGACGGACUCCCUGAUGCCCAGUGAGAACUUCAUGGAGUCUGUCAACGGCAGUAACAUGACAGUCAAUGAGGCGCUGCGGGAUGCUGCCAGGGUGGAGCUGGUGGCCACCAUCACUGUCCUGACGGGAAUCUUCCAGGUGGCCCUGGGCCUCCUGCAGUUCGGCUUUGUGGUGACCUACCUCUCGGACCCACUGGUGCGUGGCUACACCACUGCUGCCUCCGUGCAUGUCCUUGUCUCCCAGCUCAAGAACGUCUUCGGGGUCUCUGUAGGCGAGUACUCAGGGCCACUUUCAAUGUUCAUGACCAUCAUUGAGAUCUGCAAGAAGCUGCCAGAGACCAAUCUCGGCACCCUGGUGACGGCCCUCAUUGCCAUGAUAGCCAUCUUCAUCGUGAAAGAGCUCAACCACAAGUUUGCCGCCAAGCUGCCCAUGCCCAUCCCCAUUGAGCUUAUCACGAUCAUCAUAUCCACUGGCAUCUCCUACGGUGUCAACCUGAACGCCAAGUUUGGCAUCUCCGUGGUCGGCAACAUCCCCAGCGGGUUGAAGCCACCCGUGGCCCCUAAUGUCAGCUACUUUGGGCAGGUGGUGGGCAACGCCUUCGCCAUUGCUGUGGUGGGCUAUGCCAUCUGCAUCUCCCUGGGCAAGAUCUUUGCCCUGAAGCACGGCUACAAAGUGGACAGCAACCAGGAGCUGAUCGCGCUGGGCCUCUGCAACUUCCUUGGGGGCUUCUUCCAAUGUUUCGCCAUCAGCUGCUCCAUGUCCCGCAGCCUGGUGCAGGAGAGCACAGGGGGCAACAGCCAGGUAGCCGGUGUCAUUGCAUCUCUGGUCAUCCUGGUGACCAUCCUGAAGAUCGGAGAGCUCUUCCGGGACCUGCCCAAGGCCAUCUUGGCUGCCAUCAUCAUUAUCAACCUCAAGGGUAUGUUCAAGCAGUUCACAGACCUCCGCACGCUCUGGAAGUCCAACCGGGUGGAUCUGAUGGUCUGGAUUGUGACGUUUGUGGCAACCCUCCUGCCGAACUUGGACAUCGGCUUAGGGGCCUCGGUGGCCUUUUCACUGCUCACUGUCAUCUUCCGCACUCAGCUCCCCCACUACUCCAUCCUGGGACGCAUCUCCAACACUGAGGUCUACAGGGACGUGGCCGAAUACCAGACGGCACAGGAGAUCCCCGGUGUGAAGAUUUUCCGCUCCUCCUCCACCCUUUAUUUUGCCAACGUGGAGCUGUACGCCGAUGCCCUUAAGAAGAAGAGCGGCAUCAACGUGGACCGCCUGAUCGAGAAGAAGAAGAAGGCCCUCAAGAAGCUGAAGAAACAGCAGAAGAAAGUGGAGGACAUGGAGGAUGGGCACAACGGUCCAGGCAUAGCCGUGAUCGAGCUGAGCAAGGCAGAGGGCAGCACGCCCCCCAAGCCCACUCUGCGCAGCCUGGGGCUGCCCCAGCCCAGCUUCCACGCUGUCAUCUUGGACUUCAGCUCUGUCAGCUUUGUGGACACUGUCUCCAUCAAGAUUCUGAAGAAUAUCUUCAAGGACUUCAAUGAGAUAGAAGUGGAUGUCUAUAUCGCCAGCUGCCCGG